AACCAACGCUUCUCAUAAGCAAACGCAUGGCUCCCCUCUACUCCCUACCUCUCUUCUGGAGCCAAAUCCAACGCCUCAUCCAUGGAGAGGCUCAUCUCUUCCUCCCAAACUCCCCUCUCGAGACUUCGUCCCCUGCUCCCCCGAUCCCCCUCGAAGGAAAGAUUUAGCCUCUCUUUCCUCCCACGCCAUGGUAGCUUCAAGCCGGUUGCUUCUCUAUUCUUCAAAUCUCUUGGGAGCGUCUUGGUUGCUCGCUAUGAAGAGAAAGCAAGGCGAGCUCAGCCAUGUCGCCAAUUGGCCUCAGGAAGGGAAUUGGCGGUCUUAUUUUCCCAAAAGGUUGCUUCUACUGCAGUUUACAUUCUAGUAUCAGCAUUUGUUAUGACCAUAAUCCAGCCAAUUCUAGCACCACCAGCUUUUGCAAUAAUGCAGUCUGCUGCCAAGACAAGUGGAAGACUCAUUAGAACUGAGUUGCUAAGCAGUGCAUGGACUGGUUUUUUCGCUGGUUGCCUGCACACGCUAUCGGGCCCUGACCAUCUCGCUGCCUUGGCUCCCUUAUCCAUUGGUCGAUCAAGGAUGGAGAGUGCUAUAGUAGGGGCUCUUUGGGGCUGUGGCCAUGAUGCUGGCCAAGUAAUAUUUGGUUUGCUAUUUCUUAUGCUCAAGGAUCGCCUACAUAUUGAGGUCAUCCGAACAUGGGGGACUAGAGUCGUGGGUUUAACUCUGCUUGUUAUUGGAGCUGUUGGAAUCAGGGAAGCUUCAGAGGUGCCGACCCCAUGCAUUGCUCUAGAUAAUGGGGAGUGCGAUGUUAGUAUCAUUGAACCAUUAGAUGCUGGAGCCAGUGAGAGGAAAAAUAUGGGGUUUGCAACUUUUGCCACUGGCAUUGUGCAUGGACUUCAGCCAGAUGCACUCAUGAUGGUCUUGCCAGCGCUUGCUCUUCCUUCUCGCCUGGCAGGUGCUGCUUUUUUAGUCAUGUUUCUUGUUGGAACUGUGUUUGCAAUGGGGAGUUACACAGUUUUUAUUGGUUCAUGUACUCAGGCAUUGAAAGAAAGGGUUCCUAGGAUAACAGAGAAACUGACAUGGGUUGCUUCUCUUGUAGCCAUAUCCUUGGGACUUGCCAUUCUUAUUAGCCAGUUCUUUGGUUUUAGCCUGUAUUGAUCUUACCUUUGAUUUGCCAUUUAUUAGCUUCCUUGAAGCUUUACACAAUGUUAUUUUGGAGCUAGGGAUCUUUGUAGUACAAAAACUUUUCCUUUCAGUUUUAGUUAACCGAGCAUUCCUCUUAGUUGAUCAUAGCAACCAUGGUCAAGUGACUCAAGUCUUUUCGAUAGGAAAAGGUUGCUUCUUGUUUUUCAUCUAGUUCUUCAUUUCUUAGAUGCAUGUUGAAUAUACUGGUUGUGGAAGAACUGCAGGACUUUAUUUCA